UUGUAAUCAAGCAACUCAGUUCUCAAGUGUUUACUCUUACUUGCUGACGCUGAUGAUUUAGUAGUUCAAAUAAGUAUCAAGGAACAGAUAUCAAUGUGCAUCCGACCUUACUUUGUCAAAGUCAAUUGAGUACAUUAACUCGGUGUAAUUUGUUAAAGUGAACUGAAUAUGGCGAAAUAUCAAACUAUGAUUGGUGGAUACAAAAUACCAUCAGUAGGACUUGGAACCGGAACUUUCGAGAAAGGUAAGGAAGAUGUUGUUGAGAAUGCAGUCAACGCUGCCCUUGAACUUGGAUACCGACACAUCGACACAGCCUUUAUGUACGACACCGAAGAGAUCAUUGGUCGUGUUCUCAAACGGUGGCUUUCCUCUGGCAAAAUCAAGAGAGAAGCCCUCUUCAUAACUACUAAACUACCUAAUCAAGGCGUUUUCGCGGAUAAAGUGGAGUUGACAAUUCGUGCUAUGGAACAACAAGUAGAUGCUGGCCGAGCGAAAACGAUUGGUUUAUCAAAUUUCAACAUCAAACAGAUCGAAAAAGUCAUCCAAGCUUCUAGAAUAAAACCAGCCAGUUUGCAGAUCGAACUAACAGUAUAUCUACAACAACCUGAACUUGUCAAGUUCUGCCACGAUAACGACAUUGUAGUUGUAUCAUAUUCGUCUUUGGGGUCACCAGGAAUCGGCAAAAUUCUUGCCCAGAAGGGUUUUGAUAUGCCUGAUGGACCGAAUAUCCUUGGUGACGAAACCCUGAAGAAAAUUGGGGCCAAGUAUGGAAAAUCAACCGCUCAGGUGAUCCUCAGGUUUUUUAUUCAGAAGAAUAUCGUUGUAAUACCGAAAAGUUCAAACCCUACCAGGCUUAAGGAAAAUUUCAAUCUGUUCGACUUUUCCCUCAGCAUGGAUGAUGUGAAAGAAAUUGAGAAUCUUGAUAAAGGAGAAAGUGGGAGAUUAUUUAGAUUGUCACAAUUCAUUCCUAGCCUAAAAGAACAUGUGGAUUACCCGUACCCUUACUAGAAGUGACACAACUACAACUCAGAUUCAUAAUAUUCAAUGGACAUACGAGUAUUCACACUACAUUGAAUAGAUAUAUGAAAUAGAUGAAUGAAAAAAGCAUUAUGA